ACCUCGCAAGCCCUUCCGCCGAGUUCUGAGGAUCUUCAUCAAAAGGGGCAUCACAACUUAGGGCAAACAGAACCUCUCCGAUUACCUGUCUCCUUCUGAAUAACGCCUGUGCUUUGCGACAGCAUUAAUCCUCCUCGAGGCAUAUACAAACACUAUUGUUCGGAUAAUAAUCAGUCUACUAUCAGCAGAUCCGGCAAUUGGAGCUUACAUUGUCGACGCUUUUACUCCGUGAGCUGGCGGCAAAACAAGGUUGAAGAUAAACAACAAACCGGAGACAAUUGUUGCGGCCUCUUUCGCGCUCACAAGAACCUCGCACGACACGCCCUUACGACUCGAAAUAACGUCAGAAAAUAAUUUGCGCUUCAAUUGGGGACACCCUGUCCAUCUUUUGUUCGGCCGUACUGUUGCACAUUUGCACGGUCGUGCUACUACACUUCCAACAUGCGGCGCGGUGUCUUGAUCUUUCUCAUUGUCAACCUGCUCAUCAUAUCGUUUCUUGUGCGCAGUGUCUUCACCUUACUAUCCUUGCUGGUAGAAGAUGCCUCGGCCGAUGCAAUCCGUCACGCCGAGCUUCCCUCGCCAAAUUCAAGCUUAAUUGAACAACGGCCGCAGAUUAUACCCAAGAUCAUUCACCAGACAUACAAGAACGAGACAAUCCCAGAAGUAUGGCGGGAGGCUCAACAAAGCUGCAAAGAUCUGCACCCUGACUAUGAAUACAUCCUAUGGACCAACGAAAAGUCCCGCGAAUUUAUCAAGGACGAAUAUCCGUGGUUCCUCGACACAUUUGACGGCUACAAGUACCCGAUCCAACGGGCAGAUACUAUCCGAUACUUUGUUCUUGCUCACUUUGGCGGUACAUAUAUCGACCUUGAUGAUGGUUGCAACCGGCGAUUGGAUCCCCUCCUCUCCUACCCUGCUUGGGUGCGCCGUACCGUUCCAACGGGUAUUUCGAACGAUGCCAUGGGAUCCGUUCCCCAACACCCGUUUUUCCUUCGAGUCAUUGAAUUGCUGAAAUCUUACGACCGCAGCUGGCUGCUUCCUUAUAUUACCGUCAUGUACUCGACUGGUCCUCUCUUCCUGUCAGUGAUUUGGAAGGAAUACAUGCAAGAUAAACCGAGUGAGUCUGCACGGGUUCGGAUUCUCAUGCAGGAUGAAUACAACAAGUACUCGUGGAGCUUCUUCACUCACCAUGUCGGCAACAGCUGGCAUGGUAAAGACGCCAGGUUGAUUUUCUGGAUGGGUCAACAUUGGAUGUUCCUUACUGUUCUGGGUUUCAUCCUGGCCUCUGUCGUGGGAUUCUGCCUCUGGUGGGUCUAUGGGCGCAUGAUCCUCCUGAGCUCGAAAUACCGCUAUCGAUACUCGAAACUACCGGGCCUGGGUCGCUUAUCCUCCCCCACACGUCGAUCUCGAAGCAUGAUGCCUACGCUGCUUCGUCGUGUUAGCUUUAAAGAAGACGAAGAAUCCGCCCAUGUCACGGAGACCUCGUUCGAACUUUACAGCCGUCGCGAUUAAGGUUCUACGCCUCUUUUGUGACUGAAAUGUGACCCCGUGGUCACUUCGCAACGCAAUUUGAUACGACUCUUGCAUCCAGCAUUUCUUGUACCCACUAUUACCGAUGGUCCAACACUGUUCUGAGACACGCAGUUCUGGGCCAUGUUUCUCUGCUUAUUCGUGCAUGUAUGGAGUUUUUCUUGGGUCACGGAUUGACCGAAGCGCCUGUUUGGAUCAAAUGGUUGCUUGUACAUGU